GUUGCGCACUGUUGAGGCGCCGGUAAUACAUAGUGACACCUUCCGGAUUCAAGCAAACAAAAGCACGACUUUCGGCUGUUUUAAAGGCAGUAAAUAAAGUGAGAGAUGGAAUCUUCUCCACAGCAUGGUAGAGAGAGCUGCGAGGACAAGGAGGAGGUGGACUCUCCACUACCCCCCAUCUCUGAGCGCUUGGCCUAUCUGCGUCCAUCUCGUGAGCUGCUGGAAUUCUAUAGGCAGAAAGUGGCCCAGUUUGAUGAAGAACACGAUGACCUGCUGCAGCUGCUAGAGAAGUACAGGAGCACUACAGAGGACCAGCACAAGCUGCAGUGGGAGGUGCGUCAGCGAGAGGAGGAGAUAGCGGAGUUGCAGAAGGCUCUGAGUGACAUGCAGGUCUACCUCUUCCAGGAGCGAGAGCAGGCCCUCCGCCUAUACGCAGAAAACGACCGCCUUAAGAUCAAGGAGCUUGAAGAUCGGAAGAAGAUACAACACCUUUUAGCUCUUGUGGGUCCAGAUGUAGGCGAAAUCACCUAUUUUCACAGAGAACCUCCACACAAGGUUGCCAUACCUCAAAAGAAGCUUCAACCCAGAACCCAGGAGUUUGCAAAAACAGCAAAGCCAAAGCUUGGAUCAGUUCAAGAGGGAAGUAAGAGGCUGUCUAAAAAUGGAGACACUAAAUCAGAGCAGUACAAGAAAGAUAACCAGACACUGUUGCUUCAGGUGGAGGCACUGCAGGCACAGCUAGAAGAGCAAACGCGGCUGUCUAAAGAGCAGGUGGAGGCCUUGCUGGAGGACAGGCGAAUUCAUGCAGAGGAGAGACAAGUCCAGCAUCAGAGAGACCAAGAGCGAAUCACUGCUCUCACUGAGAAACUCCAGCGCACACAGAACCUGCUUUAUGAGAGCACCAGGGACUACCUGCAACUCAAGUUUGAAAGUCGUGGGCAUGAGAAGAGCUGGAUGGGAGAGAAGGACAAACUGCUGCGAGAGCUGGACUCUUGUCAGGAAAGGCUAAAGGAUUUCGCAGAUCGUCCAGGACCCUCUGCAGCACCGCUGCUUCUUAGCCAGCCCACCACAGAGAGCAGCCAUAUGCACCGAGAAGAAAUCAGAGCACUACAAGAGGAGCUAAAGCAAGCCCAUAAGCUGGCAGACAUGUACAGAGAGCAGUGUGUUGGUCUAGAGACAGACGUGGCACAAAUCCGAGAGGAAGGAGAUGUAGGCCGAGAAAUCUUCAAGGAGCGCUCAGACAAAAUAGCCAAGCGUCUUCAGCUAAUGACCCAGCGUUACGAGGCUCUUGAAAAGAGGCGAGCUAUGGAGGUGGAAGGCUUCAAAAAUGACAUCAAACACCUGCGGCAGAAACUCAAAGACGUAGAGAAACAGCUCUUUAAGGUGACUCUUAAUGUGGGACCAGAUCAAGACUUGGCCAUCCUGCAGGAAGUUCGACAGUCGAAUGCCCGCACUAAGAAAAUCCAGGGGGAACUAAAAACUCUAAAAGCAAAGAUAUAUGGGCUGGAAAAUGAACUGAGAAUCUGCUGAUUUCUACAGUCACUUCUACUUUGAACUCUUAACUUGUUUGGGCUGUUUAACAAUCAUUCAUUUUAGUUUUUAUCAGCAAUGACAGUUCCAUUAGUGGUAGCUGAGGUCCUCAGGCAGUCAAUUAUUGAACAAUGUCUACAUUUCUCGCUCUAGACUGGAGCCAGGCAGGAGUUUUCAGCAGUCUGGGGACCUUUGUUAAUUGUUAAUGUCGAUGAUGCAGUGUUUGCAUUGGUGGAAUAUUUUGUGGCUUGUAAUUUUUUCAUUUGUAUGUGGUUGUAUAUAAUAAUUUUGAUGGAUGAAUUUAAAUAAAAGUGACUUUAGUUUUUACUGGAA